UAGGUAGUAGGUAGUAGGUAGUAGGUACUAGAGUUAUCGGCUAGUCCGUGCAGUAGCUCUUCCACUUCUUCUCUCUCCGUGCUCCGCCAGUAAGCUCCUUACAGCUCCAUCAAUGGCGUCCGUACUCAAUAUGGUGUCGUCUAUUAGCCUAUCGAACCUCAACGCCAACCGAGUUCCGACUCAGUCCGCCUUCGCGCCGGUUUCGGUUUCGUUUACCAGAAGGAGGCUUACGGUUAGGGCUGCGGAGACCGAUACCAACGAAGCAGUUGAAUCUUCAGUGCCGGAUAAGGCACCGGCUAAAGCCGGCUCGAGCGUCAAUCAGCUUCUUGGGAUUAAAGGAGCUUCUCAAGAAACUAACAAGUGGAAGAUUCGUCUUCAGCUGACAAAGCCUGUAACUUGGCCUCCACUGGUAUGGGGAGUAGUUUGCGGAGCUGCUGCUUCUGGAAAUUUUCAUUGGACUUUUGAGGAUGUUGCUAAAUCAAUAAUGUGCAUGUGUAUGUCUGGCCCUUUGCUCACUGGCUAUACCCAGACACUAAAUGACUGGUAUGACCGAGAGAUCGAUGCAAUUAAUGAACCUUAUCGUCCAAUUCCCUCAGGGGCAAUAUCUGAGAAUGAGGUUAUUACUCAAAUCUGGGUGCUGCUUUUAGGAGGCCUUAGUUUCGCUGGCAUAUUAGAUGUGUGGGCAGGACAUAAAUUCCCAAUAUUAUUUUACCUUGCUGUGGGUGGAUCCUUGCUAUCGUACAUUUAUUCCGCUCCACCUUUAAAGCUGAAACAAAACGGAUGGAUUGGAAAUUUUGCCCUGGGUGCAAGUUAUAUCAGUUUGCCAUGGUGGGCUGGUCAGGCAUUAUUUGGGACCCUUACGCCCGACAUAAUCGUCCUCACACUCUUGUACAGCAUAGCUGGGUUGGGAAUUGCUAUUGUAAACGACUUUAAAAGUGUUGAAGGAGAUAGAGCACUGGGGCUUCAGUCACUCCCUGUAGCUUUUGGUUCUGAAACUGCCAAAUGGAUUUGUGUUGGCGCCAUUGACAUCACUCAGUUAUCGGUCGCUGGUUAUCUGCUAGCGGCUGGUAAACCAUAUUAUGCAUUAGCUCUCCUUGCUUUGAUAGCUCCCCAAGUCUUUUUCCAGUUCAAGUACUUUCUCAAAGACCCUGUCAAGUACGAUGUUAAAUAUCAGGCGAGUGCGCAGCCGUUUCUUGUGCUCGGUCUUUUAGUGACAGCGUUGGCGACAAGUCAUUAACAUUUUGAAGCACUUGAGCAAAGGAUGUGAAGAAAAGAGAGAGAGAUCGAAAUUACAGGACCACCUGGUACAGUGCUAUGCUAGUCAGGUAGAAGUAUCAAUGUCAAAGUAUGUCUUCUUCACUUGUAGUAGCAAAGUUAUGUUGACGCCGACGAUUAAGAAUUAUCAUCUGUUUUUGGUUAGUGCCUUCUCAAAUGGAGGUAGCUGCUGUAAAUAUCCCAAACACAACUUAGGCCUUCUUCGGUA